AUGUCUGAAAAUACCAAAUUGGAUGCAAACCCAAUUGAAUUUAUGAGCAAUCAGGAAAUGGACAACUAUUAUAACAAUCAUGUCUUCACUUUCUUGGACCAUCAAAAAAUGGACUCAAAAUUGGACACAUUUGAGUUUCAGAACCAUUCAAAGAGGCUGGAAGAAGUAGCUCUAAAAAUUCGAUCUAUCAACAACUCAAAAUCAUACGAUGAGCACACGGAUUUGAUGCAUGAUUACUGGAGGUGCCCGAAUAUUUUAAGAAACCACUUCAUUUGCAAGAAUAAAGCAUUCCUGAAAAUGCUGGAAAUUUUAGAAUCAGGAUUUUUGAAUCAUUUACCAUGGGAUAAUUUAAACUCAUUCCAUCUAUGCGAGGGUCCCGGAUACUUCCUCGACGCCAUCUAUGUCCACCGACUCCGCACCACCAGCCAACACUCCGAAUGGCAUUGGGGCGCGAAUACACUAAACCCAUAUUUUGAAAAUCGAAGUUGUUUUGAGAAGCUCAUAGACGAUUCACAUAUCCGAGGUCAUGAGAGGAACUGGUAUUUUGGACCGAGUGAUGAUGGUGAUGUGGCAAAGCUGACAGAGGAUUAUUUGAUAGAGAAGGGGCUUAAAGGGACAUUCGAUUUGGUAACGGCGGAUGGGAGUACCAAUACACAGGGAAAAGAAGGACAGAUAGAAGAAAUAGUGGGUCCUCUGAUCCGUGCUGAAGUCAAUGCAGCUCUUUUGCUCUUGAAACCUGGUGGUUCUUUGAUUCUGAAGACUUAUCGAUUUUGUGAAAAACAGAUUCAAGAUGUUAUGUUUUUGUUAGCUGAUAACUUUUCGGAGAUUCGUGUUGUGAAGCCAAUGGCAAGUCGACCAGGCAGUUCAGAGCGUUAUCUAAUCUGCAAUGGUUUCGGAGGACAUCUCCCUUUACCAAUGGAUUUGCUAGUUUUAUGUGACGAAUUUUUCAUAAUCCGGCAAGUUUCAAGAAUGGAUUUGCAUGUAAAAACCUUUGAAAAUGAACAUGGAAAUCAAAAGUUAUCAUGGAAGAAUAGGAAAAGGUUUAUGGAGCAGAUGAAGAGCUAUGUCUUUGAGGAGAAAAUUCCUAAAAACCUCAAAAAGAUGUUUCCCUCGGGUACCAGUCCUUGGCUAAGCCUAUACGGUCACGAUUUGAUACGAAGGAAUACACUGGAAAAUCAAACGUUUGCCAUUCAAAAUUAUAUCAAUUCAGCAAAUUUAUUUCCAAAGGAUAAUUUCGACCCUGAAUGGAUAAUGGACCAAAUUCUGGGUCAAUCGAAAAUGCUUGUCACCAGUGAUAUAAAAUUGGAAAGCAAGGAUUCUUUAUUCAUAGAACCAAUCGCUUUACAGGCUCUUUUGAGCAAUCAGAACUUGGAAUUGACAAAUCUACCAACAAAUGGAUUUUGGUUGUCUAGAAUCUCUGCUUCUAUGUUUGUUUUAUUGAAACUCGUUUUUCAAAAUAUGGAAUCAGGAGAAGGCUGGUUGAAAUGGCAAGGAAGGAUUAGCAACAACCGUAUACAUGAUCUUCUCUCCCGACUUCUUCUGGAACUUUCCUUACUUCCAGAUGGCACUAGUAUUCGUUGUUUUGUACCUAUCGAUGUGCUGGAUCUGUUCCACCAGCACAUUUGUUUUCAGAAUGUGAUGAUUUUACAUUCAAUGAAGUGUUUGUGA